AUGUCGUUUUUCAUUGAGUCUACACGAAACGCCAAAUUCCUCCUCUCACGACGCCGCGACGCAGAAGCAACCCAGCUCACAUGGCUUACCGAAACGUCAUUUGCGCGGAUUGAUUCCACAAUCGAUGCUUCAGAAGCUGAACUGCGCACGGAAUCUCGCUCGCAAGCGCUUGUUUCUUCGCUCAAUAUUUACGGCUCAGUGUGUCUUGUCCUGUUGUGGAGCGUAAUGGGUCUGACUUUCGUGCUCCACCAAACAUAUAUCGGUAAUUACCUCGCGGCGAAAGGUGUAGCCCAAAUUAACGCGACAACAGCCUCAAGAUCUUCCAUUUACAGCCGGUACCUAUAUACUAUCCCCGGCCCGCUCGUGGCAACUAUCCUGAUCGAAGUGAAAGGUCUGGGGCGGAAGCGCACCGGAGCUGGCAUUGCUAUUUUGACUGGUUUAUUCAUGCUUCUCGCUACUUUGGCCCGGUCUCGCAAUUCUGAAUUGGCCUUUGAGUGUAUUAUCAGCUUCCUUUGCUUUGCUGGUAUGGCUACACUGAUUCUCUAUACUGUUGAGGUUUUGCCGACCACAGUGCGUGGGUUCGGUCUGGGUGUCAUGGGGUUCUUUUGGGGGAAGUUUGGCUUGAUUGCCUAUAUCAUCACCACUUUCGAUAGCAGCGCGGUUUCGGGUGGGGGCCCUGUUUGGUUCUGUGGUGCGGUUUGGAGUCUCAAGGGUGCUGCGUGGUUCGCGCUCCCGGUUGAAACUCAAGUUAGAGCGCCGGCGUGGAUGAUCACGAUGUUGAAAAUACAUAUUCAGAUUGUCAUGUGCUUACUAGAUGACAUAAGUCCUUGGAAAUCUACCUCACACUUCGUUGUCUUGUCUACAAUUUUCAUGAUUAUAAAUUCAUCAGACGGAUUGUUCUCGGACAAAAUUGUGCCAACGUACUUCAGACCAGCCACAUCAUAUUGGAUGGCUUUGGGCCUCUUCGACGAAGCUGGCAUUUUCACUUCUGAGAGGAUGACGGGUCACUGGCUGAGCGCAGCUCACGGGUCAAAGCAUAUUUGGGCUUUCCGAUUCAAUGCACCCCAUCAUACCAUUUGGCUCCCGUGGCACACUCUUCCGAAAACACAUCUCAACUACCCACUCGGCACAAUGACAGACUAUGAGCGAGGCGUUGCUGUCGAGCUCCGCAUUUAUUUGUCAUCGUUCAGUUGCAACGGCAAUGCAAACACGCUCAAGGUUGCGACUGCUCCCCAUUGGCCUCAUUAUGGCGCUCUCGGUGAUUUCGUCAACUCUCCUAUCCGUCUCGUCCCACAGUUUGCCUUUGAGAACAACGCCAACAAAAGUUAUCCAACCAGUACGCAAAUCGAAGUUAGCGCGCAUAAACAGGUAUUGAGCCGACAGAAUGUCGGGCUCAACUAG